AUGGAAUUCAAAAGAUCUGGUCCGCUACUAUUUGAGGGCACUACCAAUCCUAAUGAAGUGGAAGUUUGGGUAGAAGAUAUGGAGAAAAUUUUUGUGGUGAUGAAGUGCAAUGAAGAGGAAAAGCUUAGGUUCAGAGUGUACAUGCUUAAGGGCCCAACAAACCACUGGUACAGGGGAGAACUGCGCAUUCGUCAGGGACAGGAGUUCGAAUCUUGGGAGGAACUGAUGGAAGCCCUUUUCUGUAAAUACUUCACCAGAGACAAGAUGGUGCUGUUUGACAGAAAAUAUAUUGAUUUAACUCUAGGAAGCAUAACUGUUGAUGAGUAUGAGAUGGAGUUUGACAGGCUUUCUAGGUAUGCUCCAAAGUUGGUUAAUGAUGAUCUAAGCAGGGCCCGUCAUUUUGAGGGAGGCUUACAGGCACAUAUCUGGAGGGGUAUAGCCACUUUACACCUAACUAGCUAUGCAGAGAUGGGUUUUGUGGGUCAGCAUACAGGGAAUGAGAUGGUCAUUGAGCAACCAUCAUCCUUAACUCAGCAAAAGGCAGGAAGGCCAAAGACACAAGGACGUGUUAAUGCAUUGACUCAGGAGGAUGCACACGCAUUAAAUGCAGUGGUGUCAGAAGUUGAUGUUGUUCUUAGUAGAGCUUGUGAGAACUAUCCCAUUAUUGUUGCCGGUCAUGAGUUGCUAGCUCGCCUUCAUGUUAUGAGUAUGACUGACUAUGAUGUUAUUUUGGGAAUGGAUUUUUUGUCUAAAUUUCAUGCCGUAGUUGAUUGUUAUGCAAAAAGAGUAGUUUUUAAAAUCCCUAGAGAAGCAGAAUUCAUCUCUCAGGGAAAUGAGUCUGUGUCACUGCCUCGUGUGGUCAGAGAGUUUCCUAAUGUUUUCCCUAAAGAUCUUCCUAGCUUGCCACCAGACAGAGAAGUUGAAUUUGCUAUUGAUUUGGGUUCUCAGGUGUUUUCAAAAAUUGAUCUCAGGUCAAGAUAUCACCAGCUGAAGAUCAAGGCAGGGGAUAUGUCAAAGUCUACAUUUCGGACUCAUUAUGGCCAUGAUGAGUUUCUUGUAAUGCCUUUCAAGUUGACGAAGGCCGGGUUCAUAGUGGUGUUUAUUGAUGAUAUUCUGGUCUAUUCAAAGAGUCUAGAAGAUCAUGAAGAGCAUUUGAGGAUUGUGCUAGGCAUCUUGAGAGAGAAGAAACUGUUUGCAAAAUUCUCUAAGUGUGAGUUCUGGUUAGACAGGGUAGCUUUCCUUGGUUAUGUGAUAACUAAAGAUGGGAAUUCUGUUGUUCCAAAGAAGAUAGAGGCUGUUAUUGAGUAG